AUGUUUGUGGUCUACUUCCUUGACCUUUAUUGGGGAAGAUUGGGCGCGCGAGGGGCAAAGCCAGCCGAGCCUGCGUCAGUGCCAGACUGCUCCGUCAGGAUGCUGCUGUCUCUCUGCGCGGCCGCCGUCCUCUCCCUGGGGUUGAUGUCUCUGGAGACCAACCAGACCUCCACCCUGGCGGCCGCGGGGGAGGACCAGUGCUCGGCCUGCGGCUUCCGCGAGCACAGCAAGCAGAUGAGGCUCCACAGCAUCAAGUCUCAGAUCCUGAGCAUCCUGCGGCUGGAGCAGGCGCCCAACAUCAGCCGCGACAUGAUCCGCCAGCUGCUGCCCAAAGCGCCGCCCGUGACGCAGCUGCUGGCCCAGUACGACCCGCGGGUGGAGGACGAGGACCACGCCACGACCGAAACCAUCAUCACCAUGGCAACCAAGCCCAACUCCCCUGCUGAGGAGGAGCUGCUCUCCUGCUGCCUGUUCAGCCUCAGUCCCAAGAUCCAGCCCAGAAACAUCCUGAGGGCUCAGCUGUGGGUCCAUCUGCGGCCCGCCGACAAGCUCACCACCAUCUUCCUGCAGAUCUCUCGCCUCAAGCCCGGGACCGGCAGCGAGGGCAACACCACCCGAGUCCGCAUACGGUCCCUGAAGAUCGAGAUGAACACCGGCGCCGGCUCCUGGCAGAGCGUGGACAUCAAGUCUCUGCUGCAGGUGUGGCUGCGGCAGCCGGAGACGAGCUACGGACUAGAGAUCAACGCCUUCAACUCCAGGGGAGAAGACCUGGCCGUCACGUCGGCCGAGCCCGGAGAGGAAGGACUGCAACCGUUCAUCGAGGUGAAGAUCCUGGACAGCUCCAAGAGGUCGCGCCGUGACUCCGGCCUCAACUGCGACGAAGAGUCUGCGGAGACGCGCUGCUGCCGCUACCCGCUCACCGUGGACUUCGAGGAGUUCGGCUGGGACUGGAUUAUCGCGCCCAAGCGCUACAGGGCCAACUACUGCUCCGGGGAGUGCGAGUUCCUGCACCUGCAGCAGUACCCGCACGCCCACCUGGUGAACAAGGCCAACCCGCGGGGCACCGCCGGGCCCUGCUGCACCACCACCAAGAUGUCGCCCAUCAACAUGCUCUACUUCAACCGCAAAGAGCAGAUCAUCUACGGAAAGAUCCCGUCCAUGGUGGUGGACCAGUGCGGCUGCUCCUGA